ACCACAUCUUUACCCAUUCAUCUAUUGAUGGACACUUGAGCUGCUCACAUAAUGUGGCCAUUCUAAAUAAUGCUGCAGUAAACAUAGGGAUGCAUAAAUCUUUCUGAGGUAGUGUUUUCAUAUCCUUUGGGUCAACACCAUCAACAGAUUUUUUACCAUUAAGGGGGCUCGCUUGGAACUUGACUGAGGUUGAUGCAAUGAGGGACCUUGGUUGGGAGACCAUUGCAGUCUCUGCAGAGAAUGACAUUGUGCCCACAAGUUGGGUGUUGGUAGAAAGUGCAGAGAAGAGGGGACACAGAAUACAGCAUUUUGGGAAGGACUGUUUUCCGCAUGGAAAAGGAUGAUGCUCAGCUUUCUGAAUGGAAGUAACGGAUAACCAUGGUGGCUUCUUUCGGGAGUAGACACCGGUUGAAAGGCAAGACUAAGCCUGCCGCUGUCCAGUCUCCAGUUCUGAGCUCACAUGAGAUGAGCCCAUUUCUAUCCCUGUCUCAACUUGAAAUAUGCAAAAUUGAAGGGAAAAAUAGAAUAUCUGGUCCUUCUCUGAUUAGGUGAAUUUUAUCUCUGCUCUCACACUGGGAAAACCCAGCCCCUUCUUGAAAGGAUCUCCUCGGAUCUGUUCCAUCCUGUUUUCUGCUCAAAUUCAAGGAGAUAAACCAUACCCCUGCAGUGCCUUAUCAAACCUUUUCCAUGGCCUGAGAGGUUAUGUGGUGUGGGGCUUUCAGGAGGACCAGCUCAUAGAAAUGCUCCCUUUUGUAGUCUUUCAUGAUCGCAGGGGAUUUUAGGCGCUGGGCUUGGUGAAGUGACUCUGAGAAGCAGAAAUCAUUACAGGACUCUUCUGAGCCAUUUGGCAGUGACAGUGCCUUCUGACAGGUGUUGAAAGGCUAUCGGCCUCAGAUAUGUUCUGUCUUUUACCUCGGUUGCUGUCCUCACUGGAUCCUUCCCAGCAAAUUCAAGAGUGUUUGAGGACCAACUUCUUCCCUGACCUGGACUCGCCUCUUCGAUGUCUGGGCAAAUUAUUUCUACUGAUCUCCUCUGUACUCAGCCUCUGCCUUCCCUCUGGGAUCUGACUCUGCCGCCGAUCUCAGGGUCCUGGGGUGGAGCCCAGGAAGAGGUGGAUAGAGGCGAUGACCGCAGCUGACACUGAUGACCGUCGAGGUCCAGGGCAUUUGCUCAGACGAUGGACACACUUUUUACCCAAGGCCUUGGGUUAGCCUGUUCUCUUGUACAGUUGGCUCAUCACCCCUGUCCUUUGCCCAGAACCACACCUCUCUCAGUGCCAACACCAAACUCUACUGCCGUGGUCGAGUUCCUCUUUGAGGAACUCGGGUGGCCGCACAGGCUGGUCUUUGCCGUCUUUCUGAGUUUGCACCUGCUGACUCUGUCCAGCAAUAUCAUCAUCAUCGUGACUGUUGUUCGUCUGAACCAUCACCUCCAUACCCCCAUGUACUUCUUCCUGAGCAUGCUGUCCCUCUCUGAGACCUGCUACACUGUGGCCAUCAUCCCAUUUCUGUCCAGUCUCCUCAGUCCCCAACGAGCCAUCUCCAUCCCAGACUGUGCCACUCAGCUCUUCUUCUAUCUCACCUUCGGCAUCAACAACUGCUUCCUGCUCACGGCCACGGGGUAUGACUGCUACGUGACCACCUGCAACCCCCUGUGGUAUUCAGUCAUCAUGAGUAAAGAGGCCUGUGUCCAGUUAGCAAGUGGCUCCCUGGGAACUGGCCUGGGCGUGGCCACUGUCCAGGUAACAUCUGUGUUUGGCCUGCCCUUCUGUGAUGCCCAUGUCAUAUUUCACUUCUUCUGUGACGUCAGGCCCCUGCUGAAGCUGGCCUGCGUGGACACCCCUGUCAACGAGAUCAUCAACUUUGUCGUCAGCGUCUGUGUCCUGAUUCUGCCCACGGGCCUGGUCUUCUUCUCCUGUGUCCUCAUCGUCUCCGCCAGCCUCAAGAUCCCCCCCGCCCGGGGCCGGAAGAAGGCCUUUGCCACCUGCACCUCCCGCCUCAGAGUGGUCAUCGUCCACUAUGGCUGUGCCUCUGUCGCCUACCUCAAGCCCAAGUCCCGGAGUUCCCUGGGGCAGGACAGACUCAUCUCUGUGACCUACACCGUCCUCACUCCCCUGCUGAGCCCUGUCGUGUACAGCCUGAGGAACAAGGAAGUCAAGGAUGCCCUGCGCAGAGGCGUGGGGCAGAAGCCCCUUUCCUCUUAACAAGGACAGAUUAUUGGAAGGCUUUUAACUGA